CUCCCGCACGGAAUUCCUGCGCAUCAGGAGCACAUCGUUUUCCCUUUUCUUUAGAGUCACUAUGUUGGGCCCAAUCGUGGGAUCCGUCAUGCUUUUGGUCGCUACCGCGAUCUUUCUAUACUACACGGCAUGGACUCUCCUUAUGCCCUUCGUCGACCCAGGCCAUCCUCUCCAUGACUUCUUCCCUCCCCGGGUCUGGGCGAUCCGCAUCCCCGUUUUCCUCACUCUACUGGGUUCGGCCGUGGUUGGUACAUUUAUUGGAAUCGUGAUGAUCAGUAGCAACAAGAAGAAGGCUGCGAAGGCAAAGGCAGCGGCGGCGAAAAAGAAGACCUAAAGGGUUCAGCAGCAGGUUGCAUGGGAGAGAUUAUGUCGGAUAUACCCCCUUGUGCAGGGAGCUGAUUUGAAAACCACAAAAAGGACCGAUGUUCUGGUCCAUGUAAUGUGUAUUAGUACGGAUUACCAAGUGUUGUUUUUUGUUUUUAUGGAUGUCGGCGUCUGUUUUGCUUUUCUUUGUUUUCCUUCUCCCUUGUUUGAGACCAGGAACCCAGAAUAGACAUUGGCUGUCUCAAGGUGAGGCGGAUGAUCAAUGACGAUAGCAUCGCAACGUGUGUCCAGUUGUAACACGUUGAAAUCAAUAAUGUGCUAUGUAGGUACAAAUGAAAUGAUCAGAUCAUCGGCGUCAUCUUCCAGUCACUGCCGUACUCGUAGUUAUGUGUAUUACCCGGGAAAGCCUUACAUGAUGGCA